UAGUCCUUCCCAGUUUCCUCGUAUAAGAUCGAGUACAAAUCCUUAACUUUAAUUUGUUUGCAAUUCAUUCUAACAACACAAAGUUGUAAUGGAUUGGGAGGCAGAGUCUUACCCAGAGUACCAAGAUUUGAUUUAUAUUCUCUUCUUUGCUCUCUUCUUUCCCAUCCUUCGAUUGAUACUCGACAGAUUAGUGUUCGAGGCAUUGGCUAAGCGCAUGAUUUGUGGAAAGGACGCGAAGGUGAUCAAAGGCAUAAAGAGGAAGAAGAUCAACAAGUUCAAGGAGUCGGCAUGGAAAUUUACAUAUUUCCUAUCUGCAGAAAUAUUUGCACUUUGUAUUACUUAUAACGAGCCUUGGUUCACAAAUACUCGACAUUAUUGGGCAGGACCUAGAGAUCAGGUUUGGCCUGAUCUCAAAAUCAAAUUAAAGCUGAAAGGAUGGCACAUGUAUGCUGGAGGGUUCUACUUAUACUCCAUAUUUGCAUUGCUCUACUGGGAAACAAGACGCUCUGACUUUGCUGCCCACAUGAUUCAUCACAUAACAUCACUAUCACUCUUUCUCUUGUCUUAUAUUUUCAGGAUAGCACGUGGUGGAUCAGUGGUGGGAAUAAUUCAUGACGGAAGUGAUGUACUAAUGGAAUUUGCAAAGAUGUCAACAUACAGUGGAUUUCAUACUAUUGCUGAUAUUUCCUUCGGUUUUUUCGCAUUGUCUUGGCUAUUACUUCGUCUAAUCUACUUUCCUUUCUGGGUUAUCCGGAGCACAUGCUACGAAGUUCUUUUCAUAGUGGAUAAGGAGAAACACCACAAUAUAAAUGGAAUCAUACUUUACAUUGUGGUAAAUUCAAUGCUGAUAUGCUUGCUGGUUUUACAUAUCUUUUGGUGGACACUCAUUUGCCGGAUGAUUAUAAACAAACUAAAAAAAGGCCACGUUGAUGACGUCCGAUCUGAUUCUGAAUCCGAUGAGGAUGAACACAAACAGAGCUGAUCGGUCAGUAGCUAAGAUCCAAACUAAUUUUUAGCAUUUCUAGCUUGUAGAGGCAGCGCACUAACUGAUGUUGAUGAACACUUAAAACACUGGCUGUUUGCAUUGCUAUUUCUUAUCGUUUCAUAAUUUAUAUUUUUAACUAUGUCGUAUUCGUAUAGCAUUAUAUUACUCCUCUACUGUAUUGUUGAAACAAUGUUUCCAUAUGUUGUGGGGUAUUGUUUAUUGCAUUUGUUGUUGUUCAAUAAGAGGAGGAGUGUCAUUAUUGUUCUUGUU